AUGAGCACUGAAUAUAACGAGCAAAUCAACGGAUAUAAAAGGCUUCAAAACUUUAUACGUACAGUACAUAUUAGAGAUUGUACCAAGGCAGAAAUUUUCUUGAUGUGUACAAUCUCUGAUGACAAUUACAUAGAUGAAUUAGAAAGAGAAACAGAAGCAGGCAAAAAUGUCAUUGCAAGUAGCUGUAAAAUUGCUGGUAAUAAGAAUAAAAUUUUUGUAAGAGCUGAAGAAAUCUCUGUUAGUUCUAGCAAUGAAAAUGAAAAAAAUAAUUGA